GUAGAUACGUCUGCUGUUACGGCAUAGCUAAUUCUUGACUGUUAAAAAUUAUAAUUAGGCUGAGCUGCUUUUGGCACGUUUCAAAUCGCGUGUCGCAUUUUAAACCAGAAGUCAGCAUCGUUCGGUUUCUGUUUGUUCUUCUCCUCACUUUUUCAAGCACAAUCGACAAUGUACAGGGCACUGACGCGACAGCUCCGUGUAUACACACGCCUGAGCACUUUAUCGCGGGUGCCUCUUUCACGACCACAACACAGUGCACCACCAUUUAUUCCAGCUGCGGCAUCCCUACGCUCAUUCAUAAGCACGACCCGAGCAUCAGCAGGAGCAGCAGGUCAAUCAGAAUCUGCCAGCAAGCCCAUGGGUCGCCCGCGACGCGAUGAAAAAAUCACGGCGCGUUUUAUUACCUUUAUCGACGAAAAAGGCCAAGUGAUUGAGCAACGCGGACGUCUCAAUGAUAUUUUACGAAAGUUCGACCGGUCUCAGUACUUUUUGAUGGAAGUCCAGCCAGGCAAAGUGCCAGUAUGUCGUUUAUUCGAUAAGAAGGCCAUGUUUGAAAAGCAAAAGCAGAAAAAGAAAUCGAAACAAGCACAUCCCGAGGCGGUCGUUAAAGAAAUUGUAUUUGGAUGGAACGUUAGCGAGCAUGACAUGGAACAUAAACUGGCUCGCGCCAAGCAGUUUCUGGAAAAAGGCAACAAGGUCAAGAUCGAAAUCGUUACCAAGAAGGGUCAGCAGCGGCUCGACAAAGAAGAUAAGACCAGUGUGGUUGAUAAAGUAGCCGAGCAUAUGAACGAAUACAAAAGUACGAAAAAGCCAGUGUUUGCAGGUGGAAAUUGUAUUAUGCAGUUUGAAAGAAAAUAAAAAACGUCAUUCGCACAACUAGUCAUCAUCAUCACCAUCAUCAUCGUCGUCGUCGUCGUCAUCUUCAUCGUCAUCAAAGUCUGCCUUCAGGAGCUCGAUGGCUGCUCGGAUGCGGCC